GAAAGGAUGUCCUGGAUUAGAAGACUGUUAGGAUCAAGUUAAGACCAAAUACCGGUUAGAGGAUCCUCAAACGCGUCUCGACUACACGGUUCGAGCUUCAGUCCUGGAUUUGAGCCUCAGCUCUGUGGACGAGACUCUUUCUCUGCCAGCAAACCGACCACAUCUCCUGCAGACCAGAGCUGCAUAUUGAAACUAUAACGGAUAAACAGAAGGAAAGAAAGAACGAGAAAGACAGAAAGACAGCUACUCCUUGCAGUCGGUCCAGGAUUUAUUUUUAUUUUUUUGUGUGGAUUUAAUAUUUUUGAAGACACGACGGCGGCCAGACGGGGUUUUCAUGGGAUAACCGUGAUAGACGGUAAUAAGGCCUCGGGUUUAGUCUCACUUCCAGCUCGACUGAGCCACACGAAACAGUCAGAUGUGUUUUUGUAGCUUUGGUUGAAAAUCGACGCAGUUGCUUGGGCUUUUUAAGGGGUCAGACGACAGAGCCGCACAGGCUGCAACAUCACCAAGUGAUUGGCAACGUAUCGAAGGCAACAUGCGUCUGUGUUUGUGCCUCUGAAUUUCCAGCAGGCUGCGAGAUCCACUGGUUGAAAACGCCACGGGCUGAUGGUCGUUUACCCCCCAGAGGAGGAGCUGACUGUCCCGUGAACCUCCGGGGUUUUUUUCUCGCUGAUAUCUAGGCUGUGGGAGAAGGCGACAGAGAGACUGGCGUAUGCUACAGAUUUCCUCUGCUUAUCCGGCUCCCAGUUUUUCCACCGUAUUUUCUCAGGCUGCUUGUCACCGCCUGGACUCGGAUCCCGGAAUCUUCAUGAUUUGCGGACAUCAUGCUCGUUUUUUAGCCGGGGAAACCUCUUUUCGUCCCGCAUGUUUAGGACCAAACGAUCGGGGCUCAUCCGGCGACUCUGGAGGAGCCGUGCGCCCGUGGAGGGCGACGGAGAAACGGACAGAGGGACGCAUGGCUCCGGGGGCUGCUGCAUGGGCAAAACGGCAAAGGUGGCCAAACCCAACGCCGGGUCGGAGGCUGAAUUGAAGGCGUUGACCCACUCCAUACUCAAAAAGAUCAAAGAAAAACAAUUAGAGGUGCUUUUGCAGGCGGUGGAGUCCAAGGGGGGAGCCCGGAGCCCCUGCUUGCUCCUGCCCAGCAAAGUGGACGCCAAAGUGGGUCAACAGUCUUACUCUCUCCCCAUGCUGCUCUACAAAGUGUUCAGGUGGCCGGACCUCAGGCAUUCCUCGGAGCUGAAGAGGCUGUCUUGCUGUGAAUCCUACGGGAAAAUCAACCCAGAGCUCGUUUGCUGCAACCCGCACCACAUGAGCAGACUUUGUGAACUCGAGUCUCCUCCUCCUCCAUAUUCUCGCUAUCCCAUGGACUAUCUUAAACCACCAGAUUCUCCAGACUCUGGACCUUCAUCCAGUGAUAUUGGGGGAACGACACACUCGGCCCCUGUGGGGCUUUCAGAUUCCAUGGCAAUGCAGGAGUCUGGCGAGCGGGCCCACUGGUGCGUGGUGGCAUACUGGGAGGAGAAGACACGCGUUGGACGCCUCUACUCAGUCCAGGAGUCCUCUCUGGACAUCUUCUAUGAUCUACCUCAGGGGAAUGGCUUCUGCCUGGGUCAGCUCUGCUCUGAUAACAAGUCCCAGCUGGUGCAGAUGGUGCGUGCCAAGAUCGGCUAUGGCAUCCAGUUGACGCGUGAGCCAGACGGGGUGUGGGUCUACAACCGCAGCUGCUACCCUAUCUUCAUAAAGUCGGCCACACUGGACAACCCGGACUCACGCACGCUGCUAGUGCACAAGGUGUUCCCCGGUUUCUCCAUCAAAGCUUUUGACUAUGACAAGGCCGGCAGCCUGCAGCGGCCGAACGACCACGAGUUCACACAGCAGCCGCGCACGGGCUUCACAGUGCAGAUAAGCUUUGUGAAAGGCUGGGGUCAAUGCUACACCAGACAGUUCAUCAGUAGCUGCCCAUGCUGGUUGGAAGUCAUCUUCAACACCCGAUAGCAGCAGCCUUUCCUCUCCUCCACCCUCCUCGCCUCUUUUCGCCCUCCCCCAUCGACAAACAGACUUCACCUCCUUUCCUAUUUUGUUCCAGAGGUUCAAAGAGAGAAAAAAAAAGGUUUUAAAAAGAAGAUGAAAGUAUAAGAUUCUGACGGACUUUGUUUAUUAAAAGACAAAGAUUUAAUUAAAUAAAAUAAGAAGUGAAAAAUGUAUUUUAUGUUAUAUAUAAAUAUAUUAUUAAUUGUAAAUACGAAGACGUUUUAUAUGCAUCAUUAUUUAUGUAUUGUGCAAUGUGUUGAUGAGAAAAAGUAAAUAAGAUGCACUUUGCUUAAUAUAAAUGCAAAAACAAAGAAAUGCCAAAAUAAAAAAAAAUGUACAAACAA